UCUCUCUCUCUCUCUCUCUCUGUGAAGACGAAAAUGUCAAACCUCUUUUGGAAGAACUUUCACCUCUGCUUCUCCAAACUCAAAUGCCUACCCCUCAUCCAAUCCCCUCCUCCACCCCCAAACCAAGAUGAUCACAACCGUCCAUCACCCACCUCCCCCACCACUUCAACCAUCAUCAAAAACUUCAACUCCCUCUACGACCUCACCUCAUCAGACUCCACGCCCACGGCCUCCAGAUCCCUCACUCUCUCCACCGUCGACUUCUUCUCAGCCUCCUCCGAUGACUCCGACGACACAGACUCGCCGCUGGACUUUGCAACCAUCUUCGCCUCCCAACGCUUAUUCUUCUCCUCCCCCGGCCGCUCCAACUCCAUUUUCGAGUCCCCGGACACUAAGCAAGAAGAUCCUGACAACACAUUAGUCAUCACCGGAAGCGUCAAAGUGCCCAAGUACUCACUGGAUCCUUACAUUGAUUUCCGGCGCUCAAUGCAAGAAAUGGUUGAAGCAAGAAAUCCAAUGGACGUGACAAGUGAAUGGGAGUAUCUGAAUGAGCUUCUCUUAUGUUAUCUAACCUUAAAUCCCAAACACACCCACAAGUAUAUCAUUCGCGCUUUCUCCGACCUUGUCAUCUGCAUUUUGUCGGCGUCCCCAUCGUCAUCGGCCGCCAAUGAUCACUGCCGGGAGCCCAAGAACCGCCGGCAGCGGUAUAUUUCACGGCAGUUGCAGGUGGCUCAGCAGACAAAAGAAAGAAAAGGACGAUGAUAAAGACGUAAAGUGGUGACAAAGCAAAGUUUGUUCAUUGUCCUCGUUUUUGUUGUGGUCCUGUAACAUUUUGGUGGCAACAUGCAUGCAUGUUGGGUUGUUUUUGCACACAUAAUCACGAGGUACUUUUGUAAGUGGUAGCUUAGUGCAUAUAUAGUUGCGUCUUGAUAGGCUAGGCAUGGGAUGUGAUUGUGUGAUGAGAAGGUAUAUUGGAAGGGACAAGGAUCCUCUCCAUUUUCGUGUAAUUAAUGCAUAUUGAAUCAUGCACGUAAUAAUAUAU